CCUGAAGCCCAUCCCCCUGGCGCAUCUUCACCGGGAAACCGUCCGACUUCCAUUCACUCCGGUGGGAAGCGGCUGCCUGCGAAACAUGGCCUCACCAAGGACAAUAACUAUUGUGGCCCUGUCUUUCGCACUGGGUUUAUUCUUCGUAUUUAUGGGAACCAUUAAACUCACUCCGAGACUAAGCAAAGACGCGUACAGUGAGAUGAAAAGGGCAUACAAGAGCUAUGCCAAAGCGUUACCGGGCCUGAAAAAAAUUGGUAUCAGCUCAGUCCUGCUCCGUAAGAUCAUCGGCUCUCUGGAGGUCGGCUGCGGCGUGGUGCUGACGCUGGUGCCUGGAAGGCCCAAGGAUGUGGCCAACUUCUUGCUCCUGCUGGUCAUGCUAGCCGUCCUUUUUUUCCACCAGCUCGUAGGAGACCCCCUGAAACGCUACGCCCAUGCUCUAGUUUUUGGCAUUCUGCUUACCUGCCGGCUGCUCAUUGCCCGCCAGAGUGACGACCGGCCGGAGCGAGAGGACAGCCGAGAAGAACAGCACAUCAACGACCAAGAAAGGAACAAGGUCAAGCAGUCUUAAACUCCUCUUCCACUUUGGUACAAGCCACAGCGAAGGCAAACUGGUGCGCCUUUAUGGAUUAUAGUAAAUCAAAUUUUUAAGGAAACAGUCACUUCCAGUAAUAAUAGCCGUCACACACAUCUCCUGACCCAUCCAGCUGGUGGACUGACUACUCUCACCUUCUUCUCUGCACUCUUAAUGUGAAAACUGAGAACUCCAUACAUCCUCUACAUAUCCGUGGACAAUCAUAGCUGUGGAAACUCUGAUAAGCUCAAUUCAUUGUCAUGCCAGUAAAUCCAUUUCCUCCUCCUUGUCCCUAUUUAUUUUAGUCUUACACUGUGCGAAAUGUGUUUGUGUUUUACUUGAAUAUGAAGUUCAUUUAGGUCAAUGAAUUGAUUUGAGAAUGCUGUUUUUCAUGAAGGGAUCUUUGUAGCUUGGUUUUCUAAUUUGUUUUUAUACUGUAGGCGUAGGAGACAAAUUACAGUAGUUCAGGCAUGUUUCAUUUGGUCAAGAUUAUAGCUCAGAAACCACAAUGAGCACCGAUUAAAGUUUUUCUACUAAUUACACAUCAGCCGGUAUUAAUUACAUAUCCACAGCUUAUUUUGGUGCAGUAUUAACAAAUGGCUGCUUUAGGAAGAAAGAAUAUAUAAAUCCUGGUUCAUCUUUCAUCUCAUUUAGUAGAUGUUUGCAGAAAUAUGCAUGAAUCCUUUUCCCCAAAGUAAGCUGAUUAUUCUCUUUCUCCUUUUGGUUCAGUUAUUACAGUGAAGUUGUUUAGCUGUAAAGGACAGCAGGUGCUGCCUCAAAUGUCUGCUACUAGCUUGUACAGCAGAACACAACCAAAUUAACUGUUUUUGCCUGUUCAAAAUGUGUCUUUUCCUUUUGUAAUACACUAAAAAGUCUUAAACCCUGUCACUGUCUUUUUAAAAAUCAUUGGGGUUUUUUUUGUUUUUACUGAUGAUAUAAAUAGCAUUCCUGGUGCAGUUUUUCUUGAGGGGUGACAUCUCAGUUAAAAAGACUGUCUGUUCAUUUUGAGAUUCACAAUAUUUCUGUAAAUUCUAUACUUGAAAUAAAGAUUUGAAGGUGGGUCUGACUAAA